CGCGCGCAGAUUCGCGCAAACCCGGAAGCGGAUCGCAUGGAGUGAUGGUCCCACCGCAGCGCCAUGCAGGCGUCUUUCCUGUUCCUGGGCCGAGGUUGCUCCUGCCUCAAGGCGUUCAUGUGGGCUGACCCUCUGCUGGAACUCGCUGGCCCCUCAGCUGCAGGAUUGACUUCUAAAGACUCUUGGUACGUGAGGAAGAAACCCAGAAGAGGAAAGCAAAGGAGUCAGGGAUGGCUCUUUCUCAGGGUCUAUUGACAUUCAGGGAUGUGGCCAUAGAAUUCUCUCAGGAAGAGUGGAAGUGCCUGGACCCUGCUCAGAGGACUCUAUACAGGGACGUGAUGCUGGAGAAUUAUAGGAACCUAGUCUCCCUGGAUAUCUCUUCCAAAUGCAUGAUGAAGGAGGUCUCAUCAACAGCACAAGGCAAUACAGAAGUGAUCCACACAGGGACAUUGCAGAGACAUGAACAUCAUCACAUUGGAGAUUUUUGCUUCCAGGAAAUGGAGAAAGAUAUUCAUGAUUUUGAGUUUCAGUGGAAAGAAGAUGAAAGAAAUAGCCAUGAAGCACCCAUGACAGAAAUCAAACAGUUGACGGGUAGUACAAACCGACACGAUCAAAGGCAUGCUGGAAACAAGCCUAUUAAAGAUCAGCUUGGAUCAAGCUUUCAUUCGCAUCUGCCUGAACUCCACAUGUUUCAGACCGAAGGGAAAAUUGGUAAUCAAGUUGAGAAGUCUAUCAACAAUGCUUCCUCGGUUUCAACAUCCCAAAGAAUUUCUUGUAGGCCUAAAACCCACAUUUCUAAUAACUAUGGGAAUAAUUUCCUGAAUUCUUCAUUACUCACACAAAAGCAGGAAGUACACAUGAGAGAAAAAUCUUUCCAAUGUAAUGAGAGUGGCAAAGCCUUUAAUUAUAGCUCAGUCUUAAGGAAACAUCAGAUAAUCCAUUUAAGAGCGAAACAAUAUAAAUGUGAUGUGUGUGGCAAGGUCUUUAAUCAAAAGCGAUACCUUACAUGUCAUCGUAGAUGUCACACUGGCAAGAAACCUUACAAGUGUAAUGAUUGUGGCAAGACCUUCAGUCAGGAGUUAACCCUUACAUGCCAUCAUAGACUUCAUACUGGAGAGAAACAUUACAAGUGCAGUGAGUGUGGCAAGACCUUCAGUCGAAAUUCAGCCCUUGUAAUUCAUAAGGCAAUUCAUACUGGAGAGAAAUCUUACAAGUGUAAUGAAUGUGGCAAGACCUUCAGUCAAACAUCAUACCUUGUAUACCAUCGUAGACUUCAUACUGGAGAGAAACCUUACAAAUGUGAAGAAUGUGACAAAGCUUUCAGUUUCAAAUCAAACCUUGAAAGACAUAGGAAAAUUCAUACUGGAGAGAAACCUUACAAGUGUAAUGAAUGCAGCAGGACCUUUAGUCGGAAGUCAUCCCUUACACGCCAUCGUAGACUUCAUACUGGAGAGAAACCUUAUAAGUGUAAUGAUUGUGGCAAGACCUUCAGUCAGAUGUCAUCCCUUGUAUACCAUCGUAGACUUCAUACUGGAGAGAAACCUUACAAAUGUGAAGAAUGUGGUGAAGCUUUCAGUUUCAAAUCGAACCUUGAAAGACAUAGGAGAAUUCAUACUGGAGAGAAACCUUACAAGUGUAAUGAAUGUGGCAAGACCUUCAGUCAGACAUCAUCCCUUGUAUACCAUCGUAGACUUCAUACUGGAGAGAAACCUUACAAAUGUGAAGAGUGUGAUGAAGCUUUCAGUUUCAAAUCAAACCUUGAAAGACAUAGGAUAAUUCAUACUGGAGAGAAACUUUACAAGUGUAAUGAAUGUGGCAAGACCUUUAGUCGGAAGUCAUCCCUUACACGCCAUCGUAGACUUCAUACUGGAGAGAAACCUUACCAGUGUAAUGAGUGUGGCAAAGCCUUUCGUGGGCAGUCAGCACUUAUUUACCAUCAAGCAAUCCACGGUAUAGGGAAACUUUACAAAUGUAAUGAUUGUCACCAAGUCUUUAGUAAUGCUACAACCAUUGCAAAUCAUUGGAGAAUCCAUAAUGAAGAGAGAUCGUACAAGUGUAAUAGAUGUGGCAAAUUUUUCAGACAUCGUUCAUACCUUGCAGUUCAUUGGCGAACUCAUAGCGGAGAGAAACCUUACAAAUGUGAAGAAUGUGAUGAAGCUUUCAGUUUCAAAUCAAACCUUCAAAGACAUAGGAGAAUUCAUACUGGAGAGAAACCUUACAGGUGUAAUGAAUGUGGCAAGACCUUUAGUCGGAAGUCAUACCUUACAUGCCAUCGUAGACUUCAUACUGGAGAGAAACCUUACAAGUGUAAUGAGUGUGGCAAGACCUUCGGUCGAAAUUCAGCCCUUAUAAUUCACAAGGCAAUUCAUACUGGAGAGAAACCUUACAAGUGUAAUGAGUGUGGCAAGGCCUUCAGUCAGAAGUCAUCCCUUACAUGCCAUCAUAGACUUCAUACUGGAGAGAAACCUUACAAAUGUGAAGAAUGUGACAAAGUUUUCAGUCGCAAAUCAAGCCUUGAAAAACACAGGAGAAUUCAUACUGGAGAGAAACCAUACAAAUGUAAGGUUUGUGACAAAGCUUUUGGGCGUGAUUCACACCUGGCACAACAUACUAGAAUUCACACUGGAGAGAAACCUUACAAGUGUAAUGAAUGUGGCAAGAACUUCCGUCACAAUUCAGCCCUUGUAAUUCAUAAGGCAAUUCAUAGUGGAGAGAAACCUUACAAGUGUAAUGAGUGUGGCAAGACCUUCCGUCACAAUUCAGCCCUUGAAAUUCAUAAGGCAAUUCAUACUGGAGAAAAACCUUACAAGUGUAGUGAAUGUGGCAAGGUUUUUAAUCGAAAAGCAAACCUUUCACGUCAUCAUAGACUUCAUACUGGAGAGAAACCUUACAAGUGUAAUAAAUGUGGUAAGGUUUUUAAUCAACAAGCACACCUUGCAUGUCAUCAUAGAAUUCAUACUGGAGAGAAACCUUACAAGUGUAAUGAGUGUGGCAAAACCUUCCGUCACAAUUCAGUCCUUGUAAUUCAUAAGACAAUUCAUACUGGAGAGAAACCUUACAAGUGUAAUGAAUGUGGCAAGGUUUUUAAUCGAAAAGCAAAACUUGCACGUCAUCAUAGAAUUCAUACUGGAAAGAAACAUUAGAAAUGUGAAGAAUGUGACAAAGUUUACAGUUGUAAAUCAAGUCUUGAAAGACAGGAGAAUUCAUACUGGAGAGAAAGCUUACAAAUGUAAGCGUUUGUGACAAGAAUCUUGGGCGUGAUUCACACCUGGCCCAACAAACUAGAAGUCACACUGGAGAGAAACCUUACAAGUGUACUGAGUGUGGCAAAGCCUUUAGUGGGCAGUCAGCACUUAUUCACCAUCAGGCAAUCCAUGGUAUAGGGAAACUUUACUAAUGUAAUGAUUAUCACAAAAUCUUCAGUAACACUACAACCAUUUCGAUCAUUGGAGAAUCCAUAAUGAAGAGAGAUUUUGAAAGUGUAAUAAAUGUGGCAGAUUUUUCAGACAUUGUUCAUACCUUGCAGUUCAUCGGUGAACUCAUGCUGGAGAGAAACCUUACAAAUGUCAUGAUUGUGGCAAGGUCUUCAGUCUAGCUUCAUCUUAUGCAAAACAGGAGAAUUCAUACAGGAGACAAACUUCACAAGUCUGAUGAUUGCAGCAACGCCUUUACUUCACGUUCACACCUAAUUAGACAUCAGAGAAUCCAUACUGGACAGAAAUCUUACAAAUGUCAUCAGUGUGGCAAGGUCUUCAGUCUGAGAUCACCCCUUGAGGAACAUCAGAAAAUUCAUUUUUGAGAUGACUGUUCCAAAUGCAAUGAGUAUGGCAAACCAUCAAGCAUUAAUUGGCAUUAGAGUCAAUUCAGCAUUGACUUGAGUUUGAAUUGACUUAACAUUGAGUUCAAGCAUUAAUUGACAUUAGUGUUUAUGUUAAGAAGAUUGGGCCAGGCGGGGUGGCUCACGCCUGUAAUCCCAGCACUUUGGGAGGCCAAGACCAAUAGAUCACUUGAGGUCAGGAGUUUGAGACCAGACUGGCCAACAGACAUGAGUCACUUUUCCCACCCUGUAUUUUGUUUCUUUAAUAAAAAACUGUUGCGGGUU